UCCAACUACAAACGAAGACAGACGAACGAUUGCUACUUUGGCUGCUAAGAUUCAUCUUAACGUGUUUGAUAAAAGAUAACUGAAGAUUUUGUAAAGAAAAGCUCAAGUUAAAGAGGCUCAAAUUCUUGCAAGUUUGCACUAUUGCAGUAUUCGAGAAGAAAAUAAACAAGUUCAAAGUAUGGAAGAAAAUUCCGAAGCACAAUCAGAAUAAUAUAUGAAAAAGUGAAUUAUAUUUUUUUUACCAUUUGUGUUUGAAGGAGCCAACCGCCUAUUUUCAGGCACAUAUAUUAGUGUAAACUGUGAAGUGGACCAUUAGUGGUCACUGCAGACUAUAAUUAAGUAGGGAGUUUUACGUAAGGAUAUCGAACGCGAGAGGACCGGUGUGCUAAAACGUGUAUAAACGCUUAAGUCGGAAGUGAUUCUAUAUAGACAAAACAGUUGACUUUUCUGCUCGUGCAGUUCUACCAGAAAGUGAUUAUCAUGCGAGCUACUGGCAGCGGUUUCUGCACUAUUAUUAAACGCAAGCAAAUCGUCGCUUCCAUUAUUAUCAAGCACAAAAACAAUCGAAAGCUCAAUAAGGGCUCGCCUAAGCGAAUGUUUUGUUCGAAGGGUUGUUGCUGCUUUACUACUGUUACUGGUACGAGAACUUAUACGGAUCUUCCCAUGGAUCGCUUGCGCGACUUUCAGCAGUUUAAUAUGCAUGGCAUCGUCAAUAGAAUGUUGGGGGCCCAAAACUCUCAGCUCAUCCAUUGGUGAAGCUAAAGCGUUAAAAUUUCAAUACAACUCAACGGAGAACUAAUUUCUCUUUCACGAUGGCAAAGGCAACUGGAAACGCAAGCGAGUCCCCUUCAUGGCGAGAGAUUCAGCUUGUCCACGACAUCGUACAGCGAUAUAGAGCAACAGAAGCAGCAGCAACUAACCCAUCAUCGACGAAACGAAUCUACAUUCGUGUGCGAAAACCAAGCGCAGCAACAGGACAACAGUACAGGAACAAGCUCCAACACGCAAAUCUAUCAGAAGCAGCAAGCGCAGCAGAUCUUGACGAUUCCGAGCAGCGCGGUGAACUUCGGCGCGUUCGGAGAGCCUAUCUGGGCGGAAAUAGAAGCCGAUUUGUCGUCGUCGCCUCUGAGCCGGUGGCAAAAUUGCAGCAUGUUCAUGGUCGCUACGGAGCCCUUGCCGAGUGGCUACAGCAACGAAAGCGUUAUAAUAGGUGAACAGCUCAAUACCCCAGGACCAGAGAACGUCUGCAGUUUUGAGUAUAGCAGUUUCGAUCAGCUCGGAACAACCGAAGCGAAAGUUAACCCAACAAACGUCGUAUUUAGUACCAGCAGCAACAGCAUCACUAAGAGAAACGAGAAAGAUUGCAACAACAACAGCAGCAGCAGCGACAGCAUGCAUGACAAAAUGGAGGUGCAGCCGUUCGAACUGGAAUAUAGCAACGUCAUUAGUCCAAUAACCCCCCCACCAUCAGUUCGUAGAAAACCCAUUAUGUCUUGGGAUCUUGAAUCGCGUCUGGACGAGGUUCUUCUCAGUCCCGAGAGCUACAUCAAUACACCUCUCGACAGUAUUGGUGUGGCUUCUCCGGCCAGCAUUUCGGGUGAUGCGGAACGGAAACAAACUGACGAAUUGGAAACUUGCAUCGAUUUCAACACAAUUGUCGACAGCAGCGAGGGGGACGAUUAUAGCAUUCCCCUUCACGAGGAAAUCGAACAACUUUCAAAUUCCUUCUAUUGUAAGUCGAACAAUCUUGUUUCCGUAAAAGUCGACUCUUCCAAUGGAGCCGAUGUCGUAUCGCCCAGCUUUCUUCUAUCCCUAGAGAAGGAAUCCAUUUUCCCUGAUGCGCUGACUAACAACACUAAUGUUGCCAGCGACACCUUGGACAACGAAAGGACAUCUUCCGUUGCGAAUACCAUGUUCGAGAUACAACCUUCAAUUGUCAACUCUUUCUUCAGUGAUGCUUGCGAUGAUGAUGAUUUAGGAAAGCGAGAAAACUUGAAGCAGAAUGAGCAUAAGCAAAACAUAACAGUUGCAGCUGCGAGGCCGCAAGCUGCACUGUAUACCAUCUCCAGUGGAGACGAAACUUUUCAUGUUAUUAAAACGCAAACGCAACUAGAACACAAUUAUACUAUUAAGCUACCAUUUGACAGUGGCGCUAGCCACUAUUUAUCGAACAAACCUAUGGUGAAGGAAGAAAAUCUAUUGCAACCUUUCAAACCGAGAGAGCAACAAGCAUCGACGCCCCAGAAGCCGCCAAUUGUGCGGCGGAAACUGUUCCAACGAAUCAACAACAAAAUGUCCAACACUCGUCGACGUAUUCCUGAGUUAAAACUCAAGAUCAUCAACCCAGUGGCGUCAGUCGACGUGCACACUGCGAAUGGCACGGCCAUGCUUACCACAACGCAGAUGGUAAUGAACACCCCGGAGCUAACGAACGAAAUACUCGAUUUGGAGGCCGAGGUUUUGAAACAGGAGGAUGAAUUCGAUCUUUUAGCCUACAUCAAUUCUGGAACGGACUACGAAGUCAUAGAAAAAUCUCCAAUCGAGGAAAAGCCAACGGUUUCAUUCCCGGAAGCCGCUGCCGUCGUUAAGCCAGUAACUGAUGCUCCACCGGUCGAAGCUAAGCCACAGUCCACCAUUUGCAAUGCAACACUCAGCGAUCUCUUCAACCCGGCGAAGCGUAAGCUGCCAACGUUUACGAUUGAUGAUAUCGAUCAGCUGACGGAAUCCACUAACAACACCAAACGAUUCCGUUUCAAAAGCGCUACUUCAUCGACCACCUCCUCGGUGUGCGGAGAUAACGCGUCUGAAGCUUCCUCGUCGGUACGACCGGCUAAACGCCGUGGACGACCCCCGAAGACAGCCAGCUCGAUUCGGGAUCGCUCCGAGUAUGAGCAUCUAAGCGAAGCAGAUAUGCGCUACCGCGAACAGCGUGACAAGAACAACGAAGCUUCCCGUAAAUCCCGCAUCAACCGAAAGGAUCGAGAGCAAAGACUCGAAGACGAGGCAAGUCAAUUGAAUCGACAGCACGAGCUGCUCGUCAACGAGGAGCAGCAGCUGAUCAAGGAAUGCAAUCGUUGGCGAAAGGCGGUCAUGCGGUUGGCGCUCCUGUAAAUAGGGUUAAGAUGUGCGUUUCUCUCUUUAUUUUUCCAUCAUGGUACUCACAAUUUAUUUUUUAUACUGUACAACCUGCUCCCGGCAGGGAUGGAAUAUUUUACUAUGAAAUCUAUGUUGUAACAAAGUAAUUUGAAAAUGAUACAAAAAAAAAAAUAACAAAUAAUUCAAAAGAAGAAAAAAAAAAGCAUGAUAUGAUCGAAAGCGCAGAAGUUUGAAUGUGGUAAAAACUGAACAUUCUGCAGUUAACAUUUAGUAGUCGCAGUUCGUAGUACUUCAUUUGCUGUAAAACUUUAUCUUCAUUUUAUAAUAAUUUCAAUAAAGUUUCCGACAACCGGAA